UCGUUAUAUAAACCAUUUAAUAGGCUAGGUAAAAUCUAAUUAUUUUGGUCAUAACAAUUUAGUUGUGUUGCUUGUUACGUCGAAUCCUUGUUCCUUGUGGUUUCCUCGUGAAGAUGUUAGAAUCCAAAAUUGAAGAGAUAGAUUGUGAAGACAGGAUCAGUGCUUUGCCCGAAGAGUUGCUUGUGACAAUUUUGUUGCUUGUCCCGAUUAAAGAUGCAGUAGCCACCAUGAUUUUGUCCAAAAGAUGGCGCUGUAUAUGGAUGAUGUUGCCUAGACUUGAUUACAAUGAAAUCAAUGAUAUCAAAGAUGAUCAUGAUUGUGGUGGUGAUGAUGAUGAUGAUGAUGAUGAUGAUGAGAGAAAGAAGAGCAUUUGGUGGUUUUUGGACAAGUCACUGAAACUUCACAAAGCACCUGUCUUAGAAAAAUUGCUUAUUAGUCUUGGUCGACGAUGUCCUAGUAAUGCUAAUGUCGGAAAUUGGGUUGAAAAGGCUGUUGAUCGCGGCGUCGUCGUGGUAAAAUUCAAGCUUCGGUGGUCAGCAGGUCCAACCACAUUGCCUAGGAGCCUUUACACCUGCGAAACACUCAAAGAACUGACUCUAUCUAACAAGGUUCUUGUUGAUUUCCCUUCUUCCCCUUCCUGCCUCCCGUCACUCGAACUACUUCAACUUUUCUGUGUGGCAUAUAAAGACGAGGCUUCUCUCGCUAGGUUCUUAUCUAGUUGCCCUGUCCUUGGAAUAUUGAUAGUGAAAAGAAAGAAGAGUGACAAUCUGACGAACUUUAUUGUGAAAGUGUCUUCUUUAUGGAUGUUAUUGUAUCAUAAUACAGCUUGUCUGCAAGAUGACACUGACGUAGUGGAUAGUGAUAGUUGUUUGGUUAUAGAUACUCCGGCAUUAAUAAAGUUUAAGGUCGAUGAUGAUUCAAGAGACUCUUGGUCGAUUGGGAAUAUGCCUUCUCUCGAGGAGGCAUAUAUUAGUGUCAAUUCUUUAUCUAAUUUUGACAAGUUCAUAACAGCUUCUUCGUCGAUCUUGUCUCUUGACUUGACUUUUACCGAUGAAAUGCUUGUGCGUUGUAGCACCCUAAGAUUUUCUCAACUUAUAAAGUUAUCUGUAGAUCCAAGUAGAUCCGACUGGGUGGAACCACUCUUACUUCUACUAGCAAAUACUCCAAAACUUGAAGAACUUUUGGUAAAUUAUGAAUUUAUCUAUGACCUCGAGGAUAUCCCACUUUCAUGGAAUCAACCAAGUUCUAUUCCUGGAUGCUUGUCGUCACAUCUAAAAAUAUUUGAAUGGAGAUACUAUGGACACAGAGAAGAAGAGGAAGAAUUCUUGACAUACAUCCUAGCCAAUUCUAAGUGUUUAAAGACUGCGACAAUCUCCCUCAAACCCAUGUUAGAUCCUGAACUAGAGCAAGAUGCUAUCAUCGGAAAGUUGAAAGAUACUCCUAGGGUUUCAACAUCAUCUCAACUUUUGGUCAAUUGAAAAUUUAUUUCG